AUGAAGGUUCUCUUAGUAAUUCUGGUUUAUAUUCCGUUCAUGACUGCUCUGAUAAGGAUUCCACUAGUUCAGUUUAAUUCUAUCCAAACUGUACUUCGAAAAAGAGGACAACUGGAGCAAUUUUGGAGGAAUAAUUUACCUGAAAGUUUUGCUCAGAAGUACCAUCCUUGCUUUCCGUCUGAUAUUCUUUUGUCCAUGAGAACUGCAAAGGAAAAGCUUCAUAAUUACAUGAAUGCCCAAUACUAUGGAGAAGUGAGCAUUGGCACCCCACCACAGAAAUUCUAUGUGAUACUUGACACUGGAUCUUCUGAUCUUUGGAUACCAUCAAUAUAUUGCAUGAGUGACGCUUGUUUAACACACAACAAAUUUGAGUCAUUUCUGUCACAUUCCUAUCAACAUGGAGGGCAACAAUUUUCUCUGCGGUAUGGUACUGGGCACCUCAUGGGCAUUUUUUCCAAAGAUGUGGUCCAGAUUAGCAACAUUUCCAUUGAGGCCCAAGACUUUGGUGAAUCUCUCUUGGAGCCAGGCAAAACCUUUGUCUUUGCACAUUUUGAUGGGGUGUUGGGCUUGGCAUACCCUAAUUUGUCAGUGGUGGACUCUGUCCCAGUCUUUGACAAUAUGAUGAAGCAGAAUUUGGUUGAAGAACCUGUGUUUUCCUUCUUUCUGAAUAGAGAUGGCACCAAGGAUGGGGGUGAAUUGAUAUUUGGAGGCAUAGAUCAUUCACUCUACCAUGGACCCAUUUAUUGGAUUCCUGUCAGUCGGAAAAUGUACUGGCAGAUUCCUCUUGAAAAUGUGAAAAUCCAGGGACAGAUCGUAGCAUGUAAAAAUGGCUGUGAAGCUAUUGUAGAUUCCGGAACCUCUCUUAUUACUGGUCCAUUACUAGAUAUUAAAAAACUACAAGCAAAAAUUGGAGCUGUCCCCAGUUCUUCUGGAGAGUUUCUUGUGGACUGCAGGAGACUUUCCAGUUUGCCCUCGAUAAGCUUUACCAUUGGGCAGAAGGAAUUCACAUUAACACCAAAGCAAUAUAUAAUUAAGGAAACAAGUGGAUCUGAGGCCUUGUGUUUCAGUGGUUUCCAAUCGCUGGAUCUCAUCUCUAAUGGAGGACCAUUGUGGAUUCUAGGAGAUGUAUUUAUGUCAGCUUUUUACUCUGUUUUUGAUCGUGGACAUGAUAGAGUUGGCUUUGCUAAAUCAGCUCGUAAAGGAAGAAGAAGAAAUCAACAGAAAUAGUAAAGCAACAUAGGUAGAGAUAAUAUUGAUAAUUUUGCCUUUCACACAAUGAACAAGAAUUGUUUUUGAUAUAUGGAGAGAGAAUGGGGAGAAGAAGGUGUAAAAAGAUUUAA